AAGAUCUCAGACUCGGAGUCACUGAGUUGUCUCAGAACAUGAUGUUAUCGUCAAGGCUUCUUCGUAGCACCAUCUUUAUGCCCUACAGUGUCCAUGUUAUACCAUGCACUAAAUUGGCAUUUAGAAGGGUUUCACAAAUGCCUUGUCUUUCCCUUGGAACUAUCCGGUUAAAUUCGUCCUUGCACCCGUCCAAGACUUGCGCAAAGUCUUCGGUUUCGCAUUUGUCUGUGUCCUCGGAGCAGAUUAAGGACGAUUCUCCGAUCAAAGAGGCUCACUUAGGCAUCGUCUUUACCUGUACAGCGGAAGGGUGCUCUCAUCGUUCUUCGCACACCUUUACGAAGCGUGCAUACGAACGUGGUAUUGUCAUCGUUCAAUGCCCUGGAUGCAAAAAUAGGCAUCUCAUCGCGGAUAAUCUCGGUUGGUUCAAGGAUAGCACGGAGGAUGGAAAACUCAGAAAUAUUGAAGAUCUCCUUAACGCUCGCGGCGAAAGCGUCCAAAGAGGCUCCUUGGAUGCUAAUGGUGUAGUAGAAUAUGUUGAUAUUGAAGCUGGUAGAAAGUAGAUGGAGCACUCCGAGUUGGUGUGUCAUGCUCCCAAAGCCACUUCUGCAGCUCUAGCUGACAGCUCGAGUAUGCUCCCCUCUUCUGAGAACCAACAUCAUUCCUGCUAAUACCACACCCGGCAUGAUCCUCGUCAUUUUACAUUUAAUAAUUGGAACAAUAACAUUCGCAUUCGAUCCAUGAUCUCAUCUACGUGGUUCGUGACUCAGGCGAACGGCAAAAUUGCCGUGGUUCUGUGACAACUCGCUUCAUAAUGCUAUA